AUGUAGCCGGUACAGCCGGCUCGGCCGACCGCUAUGGCGCCGCUGCUGGAGUAUGAGCGGCAGCUGGUGCUGGAACUACUGGACGCGGACGGGCUGGUAGUGUGCGCCCGCGGGCUCGGCGCGGAUCGGCUCCUCUACCACUUCCUCCGGCUGCACUGCCACCCCGCGUGCCUGGUGCUGGUGCUCAACACGCAGCCGGCCGAGGAGGAGUAUUUUAUCAGUCAGCUGAAGAUUGAAGGAGUGGAACACCUCCCUCGUCGGGUAACAAAUGAAAUCACAAGUAACAGUCGCUACGAGGUCUACACCCAAGGAGGUGUGAUAUUUGCAACAAGUCGGAUACUUGUGGUCGACUUCUUGACUAAUAGAAUACCUUCAGAUUUAAUCACUGGCAUCUUGGUGUAUAGAGCGCACAGGAUAAUCGAGUCUUGUCAAGAAGCAUUCAUCUUGCGUCUGUUCCGCCAGAAAAACAAGCGUGGUUUUAUUAAAGCUUUCACAGACAAUGCUGUCGCCUUUGACACUGGUUUUUGUCACGUGGAAAGAGUGAUGCGAAAUCUUUUCGUAGGGAAGCUGUAUCUGUGGCCAAGGUUCCAUGUAGCAGUAAACUCAUUCUUAGAACAGCACAAACCUGAAGUUGUAGAAAUUCACGUUUCUAUGACGCCUGCCAUGCUCGCCAUACAGACUGCCAUCCUGGACAUCCUAAAUGCGUGUCUGAAAGAACUGAAAUGCCACAACCCAUCGCUCGAAGUUGAAGAUUUGUCUCUAGAAAAUGCUAUUGGAAAACCGUUUGACAAGACAAUCCGCCAUUAUCUGGAUCCCUUGUGGCACCAGCUUGGAGCCAAGACUAAGUCCUUGGUUCAGGAUUUGAAGAUAUUACGAACUUUGCUGCAGUAUCUCUCUCAGUAUGAUUGUAUCACAUUCCUUAAUCUUCUGGAAUCUCUGAGAGCGACAGAGAAGGCUUUUGGUCAGAAUUCAGGUUGGCUCUUUCUUGACUCCAGCACCUCGAUGUUUGUUAAUGCUCGAGCAAGGGUUUAUCAUCUUCCAGAUGCCAAAAUGAACAAAAAAGGCAAAGUGUCUGAAAAAACGGAAAUUGAACAAGUGCAAGAAACAAAAAAGGAAUUGGUGCUAGAAAGCAACCCGAAGUGGGAAGCUCUGACCGAAGUACUGAAAGAAAUUGAGGCGGAAAAUAAGGAGAGCGAAGCGCUUGGGGGUCCAGGUCAGGUACUGAUUUGUGCAAGUGAUGAGCGAACGUGUUCCCAGCUGAGAGAGUAUAUCACGAUCGGAGCAGAGGCCUUCUUGUUGAGGCUCUACAGGAAGACCUUUGAGAGGGACAGCAAAGCCGAGGACGUGUGGGUGCAAUUUAGAAAUGAGGACAGUGCAAAGAGAAUGGCGAAAUCUCACAAAAGGCCUAAAGACCCCCACAGCAAACAGAGGGCUGCCCCCAAAGAAAGGACUCUCAAGAAGAAGAAGCGGCGGUUAACUUUAACACAGAUGAUAGGAAAGCCUGAAGAACCGGAAGAGGAAGGGGAUGCCAAGGAAGGCUGUCCUGGAGACACGGGCAGUAGCCCAGACAGUUCCUUAGAAGAAAUCAAGCACGAGGAAUUUGACUUAAACUUGUCAUCCGAUGCCGCUUAUGGAAUACUGAAAGACCCGCUCACCAUCAUCCACCCUCUCUUGGGCUGCAGUGACCCCUACGCUCUGACAAGGGUGCUGCACGAGGUGGAACCGAGAUACGUGGUUCUGUAUGACGCCGAGCUAACGUUUGUUCGCCAGCUUGAGAUUUACCGGGCGAGUAGGCCCGGGAAACCUCUGAGGGUUUACUUUCUUAUAUACGGAGGCUCAACAGAGGAACAGCGCUAUCUCACUGCUUUGCGGAAAGAAAAGGAAGCUUUUGAAAAACUCAUAAGGGAGAAGGCUAGCAUGGUUGUUCCUGAAGGGAGGGAAGGGAGAGAUGAGGGGAACCUGGACCUGGUGAGAGGCUCCGCGUCCACAGGCUCGCCCACUGACACGAGGAAAGCAGGUGGCCAGGAGCAGAACGGUACACAGCAAAGUAUAGUUGUGGAUAUGCGUGAGUUCCGCAGCGAACUCCCAUCCCUGAUCCACCGUCGGGGCAUUGACAUUGAACCGGUGACGCUGGAGGUCGGAGACUACAUUCUGACUCCCGAAAUGUGCGUGGAGCGCAAGAGCAUCAGUGAUUUGAUUGGCUCUUUAAACAACGGCCGCCUCUACGGCCAGUGUAUCUCCAUGUCCCGCUACUACAAGCGCCCAGUGCUCCUGAUCGAGUUCGACCCCAGCAAGCCCUUCUCGCUCACUUCCCGAGGUGCCUUCCACCAGGAGAUCUCCGGCAAUGACGUCAGUUCCAAGCUCACCCUCCUCACGCUUCACUUCCCCAGACUCCGGCUUCUCUGGUGCCCCUCCCCCCACGCCACCGCCGAGCUGUUCGAGGAGCUGAAACAGAACAAGCCGCAGCCCGACGCGGCCACGGCCAUGGCCGUCACGGCAGAUUCGGAAACCCUCCCGGAGUCAGAAAAGUAUAAUCCGGGUCCCCAGGACUUCUUGUUGAAAAUGCCAGGGGUAAAUGCCAAAAACUGUCGCGCUUUGAUGCACCACGUCAAGAACAUCGCAGAGCUGGCGAGCCUGUCCCAAGACAAGCUGGCGGGUAUUUUGGGCAACGCCUCGAACGCGAAGCAGCUCUAUGACUUCAUCCACACCCCUUAUGCCGAGUUUGUGUGUAAAGGCAAAAUGAGAAAGUGA